AUUUGUUUUGGUUGAGCGUGGAAAAAGGACGCGUUUUACGAAAGGAUUUUCCGGUUAAUCGAUGGGACGAGAAACGGAAUCGGAUGGUUCAGGGUCCGACUCGGGCUCGAGUCGUGGUAGCCGUAGCCGCAGCGGAACGCCGCAAAUAGCGCCAACUCCAGGGUUUUCGUUGGAGCAUCAUGAUUCUCGCUCGAAUUCUCCUAAUCGCCGCUCCCGUUCCGGAACACCGGCAAACAAUCGAAGCCGGUCGGGGUCCCGUUCCCGGUCGGGGAGUCGGUCGCCAUCACCUAACAACCAACAGAAGCACUCGAGUCGUUCACGCAGUAGGUCUGGAUCACGGGCAGGCUCGCAGCGCUCGGGGUCCGGUUCACGAUCCCGUUCUCGGUCCGGUUCCGGUACUGGACGCUCUCGUAGCGGAACACCCGCAAACCGAUCCAGAAGUGGUUCCGCUGCUUCUGGCUCUCCGGGAUCAAACAGGAAAUCUCGAUCGAGCUCUCGUUCCGUUCGCUCCGGAACAGCUCGCAGUCGUUCGGGUUCGGUACAGUCACCGGCGAGUGACAAACGCAAACGGGCCGUACUGAGCAGUGAUUCGGAAUCCGAAACUCCAGGCAAGAAGGAGCAGAAAAAGAAGAGCAAGCUGAUCGAUACAGAUUCCGAAGAGGAGGAAAACGUGAAUCAAUCGUCAAAGCCUGGCGACGUUACGGCCGAUGCGCUGUUCGGUAAUGCUGACGAUAUCAGUUCAGAUGAGGAUGCUGGCUCGGCUGGUGGUGGCCGUGAACGUGACGAGCUCGAUGAUCUGGAGGAUGAACAGCGUAAGCAGGAACAGGAGAAGGAACGGUCACGUGAUCGAUCGAGAAGCAGGAGUCGUAGCCGUAGCCGAGACAGUUAUCGGCGUUCAUCGGAUGAAGAAGGUAACAGAGAUCGAUUGGCACGCUGGGAGGAACCAAAGGAACCCGAGCCGGAGCAGGAACCCAUUCCGGAGACACGAAUCGACGUGGAAAUUCCCCGUAUAGUAACGGAUCUGGGACGUGACAUACACUUUGUCAAAUUACCCAACUUCCUGUCAGUCGAGACGCGGCCAUUCGAUGCCGAAACGUACGAGGAUGAAAUUGACGAAGAGGAAACGCUCGACGAAGAAGGUCGCCAGCGUUUAAAGUUGAAGGUGGAGAACACGAUCCGUUGGAGGAACAAUAUCGACAACAAGGGCAACGCACAGCGCGAAACAAAUGCACGGUUCGUGAAGUGGUCCGACGGGAGCAUGAGUCUGCACCUGGGUUCCGAGAUAUUCGAUGUGUAUAAGCAACCGCUGCAGGGUGAUCAUAAUCAUUUGUUUAUCCGGCAAGGAACGGGUCUCCAGGGACAGUCGGUAUUCCGCACGAAGCUUACCUUCCGUCCGCACUCUACGGAAUCAUUCACCCAUCAGAAGAUGCUCAUCUCGUUGGCCGAUCGAUCUCAGAAGACAUCUGGCAUCAAGAUCCUCACAACGGUGGGCAUUGAUCCUGAUGCGGAUCGGAAGCAAAAUCUUAAAAAGGAAGAAGAGAAGCUUCGCAUGGCAAUGCGUGCUAAACCGGCAUCGGCCAAACCGAAGCGAAGCCGUGAUUCCGGAGCUGGGGCCAGCAACGCGUAUCACCAUGAUGAAGGUUCGGAAGACGAGGGUGGUAUCUCGAUUGCUGCCAUUAAGAACAAGUUCAAGGGCGACAAACCGAAGGGCGGAAAGCAGAGUACAGCCAUCUACUCUUCGGACGAGGAAGGUUCCGACUUGGAUAUGGGACGACGCAAAAAGAAUAUCGACAAGAAGAAGGCCCUCAAAUCGUUGGCUGAUUCGGAUGAUAGCGAAGCCGGUUCAGGGUCCGGUUCGGAGCGAUCCCGAGGAUCACGCUCACGCUCAAACUCCGGAUCUGAUGGCUCGGGAUCGGGCUCCGGUGGUGAAGGAUCGGGAAGUGGAAAGAGUGGCGCUGGAAACGAUCAAUCCGGUGACGAUAGUGACGAGUAGUAGGACAGCAUGAAGCGGCAGUGUUGCUGUACAUUCUAUGAUCCAUGAUAAGAAUUUAAUAAGAAUAAAUCCUUUAGUUUCUAUUCAAAGCUAAAAUUACUAUCGGAUUCAAUCUCGUCUGCAUGCCUUUGGAGAUAUUUCUGGAGCCAUUUCACUCGCACCGGAAACACAGCGCUUGUUACGGCGCUUGGUUUAUCGCCAUAGUAAUCUGUUGAUGAGCGAUAAACAUUCUCCACGCUAGCCGCCUGGAGGUGUGCCUUCACGCUCUUGGGAUUCAGUUCAUUCUCGGUCCUACACGAGGAAGUGCCGCUGUAUCAGACACUGGAACAGUGAAACGACGGAAACGUAGAGCAUGUAGUUUUGUAGUGAUUGUUA